AUGGAGAAUUCGUCCCGAUCACCCCUUCUUCUCGACCACCACGGGCCGGAUGAGUAUAAUGCGACUGAGCUCUACUCCUCCGGCAAACAUAACAUUGUCACCACGGUGGACGAGGUUUUCUACCAUAGCGAUGACGAGGAAGUCGUUAUUCUGGACCUCGUCUUUAUGGAUUCGACAAGGAACACUUCCGUCGAUAUGUGGUCAUCCGAUGCGGUACUAUUCCACAUCCGCCGCGGUACACCUCCGUACACUGAGAGGCUGAGAGGGGCCUUCGACUUGGUAACCUACUUCGACAUAACAACCCAUGGACAAGGGGUGCGAGUGAACAAACUGCGCGGCCGCAUAUUUCAUUUUCUUCGCCCUAAUGGUGGCCUGGGCCUGGCCAACUUUUGGUUCCCAGCUACGAGCAGGAUGCAGCGAGCCCAAGGGGGAGCCCAGACAUUCACAGUGACGGAAUUAGUUCACCGCACAUCCCCUGGCCGGUGGAAGAAUAUAACCAAACUUCGCGACAAGGUUGUUGUCUACGGCAAACGAGUAGCCUUGAAAGAACGGCCCGGCCCUACGACUGAAGACUUCAACUUUGACAACACCAUCCUCCAGGCAAAGAGCGUCCUCCUCGCUACAGUCCUGAACCUCCGUCUUGACAUCGCCCUACUAACUGACUUCCUCGCUGUCAAGGACCGCGCAUCGUCACAAACGCACUCAGCGAUUUCUCAUCGAUUUCUCAUCAACACACCACUACGUUUCCAUACCUGCUCCUACCUCCCUCCACUCGUUCGUCUUUCAUUCACAAUGGGAAGUCUCCUGAAUUUACCCACUGAAAUUCUCCUCUUCACCAUCGGAUUCUUCGAGUCCGCGCCCCUUUGGUUGUGGACGCCACCACACCGCUUCCCUGCCGCUCAGGCGGCACCUCCUCCUGCUGCGACUACAACUUUUUCCAUCCUUUCCGAAUCCUUCCUGUUACGGCAUGACAAACCUCUUGUGGCCGUCGCGGUCACCUAG